AGCAAAAGACCUAGGAGGAUAGAAAACCAACAACCUCGUUUAAUUCCCCCACCAAACUCAGAACCCCCCUCUCGACCCGGAACCAGCAGAGGAAGAGAAUGGGCCGAUCGAACCAAAGAAUUUGCAUCCCGCGCAUCAAGUUGCGGUCGCUUCUCCGCGAGAAGAAAGUUAAACGCCUAUAAUGGCCCGCGCCGGCCGCGCAUAGGAGCACCAUCCGAUUUCCGCCAUGUAGCACAAGCAAUGCCCACUCGAAGCCCGGCUACCUUCAGACCCUUAGAACUAAGUAUAUACCGGGAAGAGAGACUAUCUCCCUUACUUCCUCACUUUGAUGCUUUGGAGGAACUUCCUCGACCGCCUUCGGUGGUGACGCAUACGAGGAGUGAUAGUGCUUUAUCGUUUACGAUUCCUAGAAAGCCUUUGCGCGCAAGCUCGAGAGCUUCGAGUGAGUGGGCUUCGAAUUUUCAGGCGAGACCUGGUUCGAUUAGUGCGCAGGAGUUGUUGGCGAAUAUUGAGAGUGAGCUUCCCCGAGUUCCGGAACAGGCCAGGUUACGUGCUAUGACGGAGCCACCGGCUUAUGAGCGUAUUAAGAGUGCUCUUCACGAGAAAUUUGAGUUGGAACAGAGAUUGAGAGAUAUUGAUGAGGUUAUUGAGGAGAGGAGGAGUGUUUAUUUUAACAGUCGACCGACGUCGAGGGCUCCUUCUAGGGGAGCGAGGAGUAUUUACUCAGAUGUUACGAGAGGUUUGUUUUCCACUUUAUCCUUCAUCCAAUUCAUUUAUGUAUAUAUAACUCAUACUAACAAACCCCAGAACCAAUGCCUCACACACCCAUCUCUCAACCCUCAUUCACCAACCGCCUCGCCUCCUCCACCACCGGCUCAACAAUAACAACAACCAUCAUCGACCGUCCCCAACCUCUACCACUCGAACGACGGCCCAUGCACCCCCUCCAAAUGUCCGCCAUCUCACCAACUGGAAUCCCCACACCACCUCCAAAAUCACCCCUCCGUCCACAGGCUUACACACUCCCUCCACCUCUUCCCCUAACACUCAUCCCCACCAACCAACACCAAGACCAAAACCAAAACCAAACAGCUCACCCCCCACUAAGAAAAAAGAANCCCCUCCGUCCACAGGCUUACACACUCCCUCCACCUCUUCCCCUAACACUCAUCCCCACCAACCAACACCAAGACCAAAACCAAAACCAAACAGCUCACCCCCCACUAAGAAAAAAGAAAUCCUUCAACCGCGUCUCACCCUGGCUCUUCCCCAACAACACCUCCUCACCCCACACCCCCGACGCUGGGCACAAAAGACUCCCAUCCCUAGACUCCAUAACAAACACACCCAAACCCAUCACCGAAAAAGAAGGCUUCUACCAAUGCGUAGAAAUACCCCACAUCAACGAGUCUUACUAUAACUACAACACCAACUACCAUCACAACCGACGGGGAUCUGUUAGUACGCUUUCGAGCGUGGAUACCGUGACGACGACUUAUUCUGAUGAUUUUGAGACGAGGAAUGAGGAGGUGGAGGGGACGUCGGGGACGCCAGAGAGUAGUCCUGGACGGAGGGAUGAGGGUGAGAGGGGUGAGAGGGGGUAUGUGGAGUUUGGGUGUGAAGGGGGGGAUGGUGAUGUGGAUGAGACCGGCAAGGAAGGGGGAGGAGAGGUUGAUAGGCUGGGGGUGAGGAGGAGUAGGGUUGGUGUUGCUUUUUAG